UCGCAUCGCAGAUGUCCUUGGUUGGGGGACUGGAAGCUCUUGAGUUCGCUCCGCGUGGGAAAGAUUUCCUUCUGAUGCAGCUGAAAGUAGCUGUCCUGGGCGGAGGAGGAGUGACGGGCCUCGCCGCUUCCUAUUACCUUGCCAGAAGCUCGCUAGCAUCUAAGGUCACCCUUUUGGAGGGCAGCAAUCGGUUGGGGGGCUGGAUUCAUUCCACCCAGACAGAAGAUGGGGCUGUUUUCGAACACGGCCCCCGAGGGAUCCGACCUGCCGGACUUGUAGGGAAAAACACCCUUCUGAUGAUUUCGGAGCUUGGGUUAGAAGCCGACGUUCUUCCCGUUCCGGGAAACCAUCCAGCUUCGAAAAAUCGCUACCUCUACGUUGGAGGUUCCCUUCACAAACUCCCUUCCGGCAUUAAGGGCAUUUUCCAGACGGUGCCUCCGUUCUCCAGUCCUUUCAUCUGGAGUGGGUUGAAGGAACUGUUUGCCCCUCGUGGAAAGGAACCGGAUGAGACCAUCCACGCUUUCGUGGCCCGUCGUUUUGGCCAGGAGAUGGCUGAUAUAACUAUAGAUAGUCUCUGCCGGGGAGUUUUCGCGGGAGAUUCCCGAGCGUUGAGCAUCCGUUCCUGUUUCCCGACCUUAUUCCUGGCCGAGCGGAAACACGGUUCAGUUAUGUUGGGCAUGAUCCGUGCCAAAAAAGAAACUUCCCCGGUGGAUUGCCAGCUGAUCCACCAGGCCCGGGAAGAAAACUGGAGCCAGUGGUCCCUGCGUGGCGGACUGGAGACCCUUCCCCAAACUUUAGCUUCCUUCUUAAGAGAGCGAGGGGUCGAAAUCCACUGCAACGCCCCGGUGAAGCGGCUGGACAGAACAGCCUCGGGAUCCUGGCAGAUCGCGCUGCAGGACGGCACCGUGGAGGCCGAUCAUGUGAUCAGCGCUUUGCCCGCCAGAGAUCUGGCUAACUUGCUCCCUGCCGGAUUUGAACCCCUUAUCCAGGACCUGCUGGCCAUCCAAGCCGUUUCCGUCGCGGUGGUGAAUCUACAAUACGAAAAUGUGCAACUUCCCGUUACGGGAUUUGGCCACUUGGUGCCGUCGUUCGAGGAUCGUCCGCUGUUGGGCAUCGUUUACGACUCGGUGGCAUUUCCCGAACAGAACGGUACCAAAGACUCCGCCACUCGACUGACGGUGAUGCUCGGUGGCGCCUGGUUUACAUCACACCUGGGGGACCCCGACACAAUUCCUCACAGCGAGUUGUUAAGCAGAGCUCAGGAGGCUGUUAAGAAACACCUUGGAAUCUCGGCCGAGCCUGUUCGCUCCAUCGUUAAAGUCCAUAAGUCCUGCAUUCCCCAGUAUACGCUCGGCCACUGGAAACACAUGGGUAAAAAGUUUCCUACUUCCCAAUUGAAGCAACACAAUCUGCCCCUUAGUUUGGUGGGAGCUUCUUACGCCGGGGUCUCCGUCAACGAUUGCAUCUUCAGCGCCCAGGCGGCGGUGGCUCAGCUCGUGGGCGGCGUCUCCUGAGCAUGAGCCGAGUUCUGGAUUCCUGGGAUCCGCUCUCUCUUGAGGACUCCUCGAGGAAAGGGUCGAAUAAACAGAAUAAGAGAGCUGGAAGAGGCCUUGGAGGUCAGUCAGGAGACCCUAUGCGAUUCCGGACAAAUUGUUAUCCAAUCUCUUCUUAAAAACCUCGAGUGAUGGAGCAUCUACAACUUCUAGUGGCAAGGCGUUCCACGGGUUAAUUGUUCGAGCUUUCAAUAAAUUUCUCCGGAGUUCCAGGUU